AUGAACGCAAACGCAAUCACAGUGUUCAACAUUUGCGACUUUAGUCGUUUGCACCGCAUUGCAAUACCUACAUAUGGGACCAUUUCCAGUCUAAUCCAACAAGGAUCAAUCGUCUUGGAAAAAAACAUCGCCAGCAUUGUAACUGAGGUAGAUGGAUGUCGUAUUACAUCUGACUUGGUUCUCAAUGUUUACAAAGAUAAACUUUUCAUGUUGCUUGAAGCGCAUGAGCUGUGGACUCCUGUUGUGAAAAUUCAUCCUCUCGUAGAAAACGCAGCUCAACCUACAGAAUCAAUGAUAGACACCGCCGCUAUAACUCAGCUGCAAUCGCAGAUUUCUACCGACAACACAAUUACAAAUGAAGACAUCAGUGCUACGAUAUUCCUACAGCAGAUGAACGCUCCUUCAGGAAGUGUCUCUAUUCUUCCAAGCUCCAGUAAAACACCAUUCACAUCAGAGGCCAUACUGAAUCCAGGGAUCGACACUCAACAUAAUGCAAAUCAAUCGGUAAACGAAGUUCUAGUUCUUGAGGAACAAGUCGACGAGACUGUUGGCUACGAUGAAAAUUGCAAUCCAAAUAAUCCGGAGAAAAGGCCUCUGCAAGAUGUUACACUCAUAAUGAGUUCUAAGAAACACGCUUCAUGUGAACUGAAGUUUCAAACCUUUGAAGUAAACUGGCAGAAGAUAAGUGAUAAUGUCAUGAAUCGCCUGCAAAAUUUGCAAAAAUUUCGGGACGAGAAUCCAAGUCAGUGUGUCCCAAAACUUAUCCAACUGACAAAGGCUGAUUUGAGUGGGCUUACGAAUUCAGUGGUCGAUCAACUACGGAUGAUUGACACCCAAAUCCGAGCCGACAUCAUAGGAACUGUUUCGAAGCAAAUUCUCAAUGCGUUCCCGUGUUUACGCUUUGUGGACGAUGAUGGCUAUGGAUCAGGAACCGGACAUGUGUGGCUGAAACAUAAGAUGAUUAAUCGGAACUCGUACCUUAAUCGAUUCAAGGAACAGUAUGUGGCAAAAUCAGAUAUCAUAGAACUACGACGAAACCGGAAUGUGAGAGCAGGAAAAAAACAGUAUUGGGAAAACACGACCAAUGAAUGCUGCAAAGAAGUUUUUUCGAAGCUCACACGUGAUGAACCAGCGCUACUAACACAUGAGUUCCUACAAGCCUCACAAUCUUACGUUCGAUAUCGGUACGAUGAGAACAUUCCUUUGAAAGACAUCUUAGAAAAACUCCCCGUUCUCAGACGGAGGAUACUGCUGUACUACCAUUUUGAGUGUGCGACAGGAGUAUCGGCGGAUUCAUUGGAGAAGUACUACACGGCUAAGCGAUCAAAAAUAAUUGAUUUCUCGAAGACAAAUCGUAAGAUCAGUCAUCUGGACACAGCAGCUCCAGACUACAAUAUUUUUGAAUAUUUGUGCAGACUAUUGGGAGAAAACAUUGAAGACAUCAUCAUUCUCAAAGAGGUUGGAACAAAGAUGGUCGACAUAACUCUCGAUUGUUCCGGUCCUGUUAUUGUUGCCAUAGAUUGCGGAAAUGGGGAGCGAAUGCAUUACGUUUUCGCGGAUCAAACGCGACUGAGCGAAGGAACAAAGAAUGUUGUCGCUGCAGUAGCUGAUUUGUUGUGCAUUCAUUAUGUGCAUAACUUCAUGUACAUGAAGCAAAUCUCAAAGUUUUUGGAAUUAGUCCAGGAAUACUUUUUCAAGAUUUUGCCGGCCACUGGAUCGAAGUCAAACGCGACUCGCAAAGGACAACAACAAAGAACGGUGAAGCGAGUAAUUGCUGCCAUUGCAAAUUAUUCAUCGCCGUAACUGAAAUGGAUAUGCGAACGGUUACGGUUAUUUUGGAACAAUAAUAGUUUUAUAUUUGUUAUGAAUAGCAUAUACUGUAGUGUUAAGGUAUCAGUAACUCGUUGAAGAUUUGUAUCUUUUCUCGCGCGAAAUGUAGUAACGAACUAAACAUCAAGAGAGAUUGUCAACUUUAUUACCAUUUUUUUAUUAUUUCCAUUUCUUUAUAAGUUUGAUUCACCAUGUAAGCUUUACAUUUACU